AAGUCUGAGGUGCUGUGUAUGAGCAAGUCAGCACUGGGACAGCCAAGCACGCUGCUAGGAUAUACUUUACAAGCUUAGCAUAUACUUUACAAGCUUAGCAAUUCUGUGUAACAGAAGAGAAAACAACCCACUGCAAUUAAAACGACGUAAACACUGCAGGUGUAUACUUGGAGAGAAAGACAACAGCCAGCACCAGAAGUAGAGAAGAGUGACACUUGCAUAACAAAACGCACGAGACAGCAGAAUUCUCUGUUUCCAUCUGAGAAGAGACGCUGUCUGCUCCAGCCUCUUCUGUUCAAAGUUUUGCCCGGGAGUGCAGUACUGAAGACUGGAAAGUUCCUAUGGAAUUGUGUCUCUCUACUACUCUGCACGCAAGAAAAAGACAGGACAAUUUAUCAUUUAUGUAUUUAUUAUUUUAAAAGAAGGAGAAGAAGAAAUCAAUAACAAGAAUACUACUACUACUACUAGUAAACAGCACUGGGCAACUGCACUACCCGAGCCGUAUUUGACCUAGGAGGAUAAGUUGCCAUAAGUUGAUAAAUAUUUAUUUGUCUACUUUUAAAUAUACUUGUUUUAACUAGACGCUGUGCGCGCAUAGGCGGUCCGUUGUCUCGAAGGACUGCUGUUGCAUGGAGUGAGAUGGCCUCCGACCUCGCUAUGAGUACAGAGCUGCCGAACAGCCCCCUUGCCAUUGAGUACGUCAACGACUUCGACCUGAUGAAGUUCGAGGUCAAGAAGGAGCCCCCGGAGUCGGAGAGGUACUGCCACCGUCUCCCGCCCGGCUCCUUGUCCUCCACCCCUAUCAGCACCCCCUGUUCCUCAGUGCCUUCAUCCCCGAGUUUCUGCUCGCCUAGCCCCGGAGACCAGUUCAACAACAACCCCAACAACAACAACAUCAACGACAACAACCCUAACCCUGCCACCAAGCCUCAGCUGGAGGACCUGUACUGGAUACCCAACUACCAGCACCACCUCAACCCGGAGGCCCUGAACCUGACCCCGGAGGACGCCGUGGAAGCCCUCAUCGGCAAUGCGCACCACCACCACCACCAUCACCACCAGGGCUACGAGGGGUUCAGGGGGCAGCAGUUCCCUGAUGAGGAACUAUCCGCUGCGACCGCCAGCCACCACCAUCAGGCUCAUCACCACCACCACAACCACCACAUGCGGCUGGAGGACCGCUUCUCUGACGACCAGUUAGUGAGCAUGACAGUACGGGAGCUCAACAGGCAGCUGCGCGGUUUCAGCAAGGAGGAGGUGAUCCGUCUCAAGCAGAAGCGCCGGACCCUGAAGAACCGUGGUUAUGCCCAGUCGUGUCGGUAUAAGCGGGUCCAACAGAGGCAUAUGCUGGAGAGCGAGAAGUGCACCCUACUGAGCCAAGUGGAUCAACUCAAACAAGACGUGGCGAGGCUGGCAAAGGAACGGGACCUGUACAAGGAAAAAUACGAGAAACUGGCGAGCCGGAGCUACAGCAGCAGGGAUCUCACAUCCAACCAGGCGAAAAGCGCAUCACCUGCCGAAUUCUUCAUGUGAGGGUGUUCGUUUUCUCUCUUUUUCUCUUUUUGUUUUUGCAAUACCUUUGUUACAAAACUUUGCGUAUUGUUAUAGACUGUACACUAACUUUUAAAACUGUUUAUAAAUAUUUUUUUCUGCUCAAGGUUUAUUCAACAACAGAAUUGAUCUACAUGUAAACCCUAGAAUAAAAGUAGCCCACCUCAUAUUUCUCCAAUCUGUUUUUGUUUCAGAAACAGUAAAAUAACUAAUAAUAAUAAUAAUAAUAAUAAUAAUAAUAUAAUAAUAAUAAUAAUAAUAAUAAUAAUAAAGUGAAACGGCUGGGUGCAAUAGUCGACUGUGAGCUGUCCCUUUAAACUGAAAAGUCUUAGCGAACACUUUUUGGAACUUGCAAAUAAUUGUAAAGGACCGAGUGAAAAAAACGAAGGAAAAAAAAACUAUAUGCACAAUUGUCUUAAUCCAACGAUUUGUUUCGCUGUGUUUUUAGCACAAGCUGUUUUCAAAAACUCGAACGUCUUAAACUGCAAAACAAUAAAUAAAUAAAAGAUGGAUCGGUUCUUUUUUUUGAAGACAGGACUUUAUAUAUGUAAAAAGCAAUACGAUUUAACAGUGCAUCUUCUGUCAAGAACACCUCUUGUUGGACUGCCAACUUCGGACGACACGAAACUAAAAAAGAAAGAGAAAUGUGGUCCUAUUGAGAGUCUUAAAAAACAAGACUUUUUAGAAACCCAGCAUGCAGGACAUGUGUGGCAUUUCGAAGCCCUUUUUUCUACUAAUUGACCAGGAUAAGAAGCAUGGCUCAAUAUUCGUCUUUUUGCAGCAGUUAAGUUGCGGCAGGUUGCAUUCUCAUUGGCCGAAGCAGAGAGAUGCUUGAAAAAGCUACAAUGCAACGAAGUGACUGUGGGAACUCAGCACAGAAAAGGGAUGAGUGUUAACGCUAUUUUCAUUCUAUUUUAUUGUUUUAAAGAGAGAACCUGAGCCAGAUUCUAGAAUUAUUUAUGGUGUCCACUUGUAAAUAUGUAGAAUUCAUAUGGGAUGUUUUUUGUUUUUUUUUUCUGAGCCUUAUUUUGCUUGAUGCUGAUUAAGAAAAAAAAGGUCUUAAUAAUGAAACGUUUGUAUGUAACGGCAUGCAAAUAAUAUAACAUAUUCUAAUUUAAAUGAAGAUGCAGAAUUGUAAGAAAAGCCUAAUGCACUAUGCUAAAAAAAUAAUUGGAUUACUAUGUUACUGUUUUAUAUGACAUUUGAUUGCUAUGCUGUUAAUAAGUAUUGAAAAAGGUGGAUAUAUUAACAUUAUCAAAAAGUGACAUGACAAAUAUAAUAAUAUAUGGACUGCAAUCCGUUUGCUGCUAAUUCUCUAUGCACCAUCUAUUUAUUCGCCCUUUAUAUGGAUCUUCGGAUUUUGACCCAGAUUAAAAUCAUUCAUGUUCGCAAUACUGCACAUUUUUGUGUGAAACACCAGUAGAUCUAUUGUAAAGGUUAACAGAUCCACAGCAUUUGAUUUUUAUUGAUGCAGACUUAUUUACAUUCAUUAAAUACAAUGUUGCAGGUGUGUAACCUUUUGAAAGGAUGCGCAAAUGCUUGUCGAAAGUGGCUUUUUUUUUUUUUUUUUUUUUUUUUUUUUUAACUGAACACGAACACAUUCUGCAAUGGAAUCUGAGUGAAUUCAACUGAUCAAACUACUGUCAAUAAAAUAUUUGAACAAA